CAGCAAUUCAGUACAGUAAAAGUGACUUAUCCAAUACAAAAAGAGGGGCGGCCUAUUUAUAGGCGCUUACAAGAGGUUUCUCGAAUACUAAUGGGCUUGGCCCAAUUAAACAACUAAAACAAGAAGCCUGAUCCCAGGCCAAUGGGCUGGUCGGGCCCAGAGUUAAACCAAUCAAUCCAAGGACCAUAUUAUCUAGCCGGACCGUGUGCUGGACCUGGUUCGCGCCCGAGCCCAGGCAUAUUGGGUCGAUAGUAUUGGACCUGGCCCAUUAUCCCAACAAUUAUUAUUAUAUUAUUAUUAUAUUAUUAUUAUUAUUACAAAAAGAAGUUUAAUAUUAUUUGUUCUUAUUAUUCCAUUAGUAGUAAUAAUUGUAGAACUUUUUCAUAUUUACUUACUUCAUAUCCAUUAGUAGUAAUAAUUGUAGAACUUUUAAACUACAUAAUAUUAUUGAACACAUUUAUUAACACUAAAUUAAAAACAUGAUAAAAAAUUUAGUAUUUGUUUACGUAUUAAUUGUAGGUUGUAAUGGCUGAACGAGUUGCACACUCUGGCCCUCGGGGUCGUUCUGUUUUAGUUAUGAUACCCGGUGAACAUCGUGCCGAUCGUGUGUGGCACGAAUCAGCAUUUCGAGAUGACAAACUGAGGUGCCAUCACUAUUCGUCAUGUGCCUAUGUUGAUGAUGGUCCGCGUCAUCCUGGGGUGGUACGGUUGUUGAGAGCAUCUGGGUUUCACAGUGUCGAGAGAAUAGGACAAAUACAGUUAGAUUGGUCACUUCUGACUGCGUUAGUGGAGAGGUGGAGACCCGAGGUACACGCAUUUCAUUUGCCCUUUGGUGAGGUAGGAUUGACUUUACAGGAUGUGCAAGUGUUGUUGGGGUUGCCCAUUGACGGCAUACCACUCACUGGUCCCACGAUUACUGAUAAGGCAACGUUGUUGCAGAUGUGUGCACAGUCUGCUGGUUUUAUACCAGAAGAUGAUGAUUUAAAUUCAGCUACCAUAAAAGUAACAAAUAUCCACCCUAUUCCAUUAACCGAUUGGAGCACUGAAAACGAGGUGACUCAACACACUAGGGCCCUCAUUUGGCAGUUGUUAGGUGGUUCAUUAUUCCCUACCACUAGUGGAAACAUGGCUAGUUGGUAUUUCUUGGAGUUGUUGCAGGGGAACUUAGUAGAUGUGCGCCGAUGGAGCUGAGGCUCAGCGGUCUUGGCCUAUCUGUAUCACACCAUGUGUAAGGCGGCCAAGGCCCAGGCUAAACAGAUUGGAGGAUGUUUAAUCCUUCUACAAAUCUGGGCAUGGGAGAGAUUGCCGAUGGUUCGGCCCCAAGGUCAUCUCCCACUUGACCAUAUAUUGGAUUUUCCGUAUGCUGUUAGGUGGGCGUGUCAACAUGAUUGGCAGCAAACAAACAUAUUUUCGUUACGGGUAUAUAGGGACCAACUAGAUCGGAUGACGGAAGAUGAGUUCAAAUGGAUCCCCUAUCCGUUGAUGAACCUUCCAGCAUAUUGUCAUGAUGCGAACGAUUUGUGGGCUGCGGAGGUUCCAUUGAUUUAUACACGUUUUUCUGAGGCACACUAUCCUAGAAGGUUUUGUCGUCAAUUCAACGCAUAUCAGGAUCGACCCGCUCCGGUUGUGGCAGGGCAUCGUCACCACAAUAGUGGAUCACGUUUCAUGGUCGAGCUUGUUGAAGAAUGGGCAUUACGGUGGAACAAAAUAUUCCCACUUCAGUGGGUUGACGAAGGUCCUUUCAUUAGUGAUGAGUACCGCGAGUGGUACCGUAAUGUAGGAAAACGAUGGCUCACAAACCCGUGUGUUGAUCGUCCCACUCAGGGAUUCGUUCCUGCUCACCCACAAGCGGCUAUUGCGAUUCAAUGUUUGGGUGAGAUAAUUCGCCGAUUACGAGUCAGAGAUGAUCCGGAUGACAUCAUUGCACACGGUGUAGAGUGUCUUACACGACUUGGUGCAGAAGAAGCGAUUGAUCAUGACAUCAUCACAUAUGAAGCUGCAGAUGUUGAUCCUCUCACUGCUCAUCGUCCCCCACGCCCUCAUCGUGGGAGGGGCGGUCCCACACGCGGAAGGCGAAUUGGCCGGGGUAACGUUCGGAUGGGGGAUGCUGGCACCCAUGAUGAUGCACAUCUGCAUUCUCAAUCCUCUCGUGCCAGUUCAUACCAUCCAUCUCCGGUGCAUCAACCACAUGUGUACUCCACACCCACCAGUCCAAAUAUUCCUAUAUUCGAUGCAGGACCUAGCUUUUUCCAUUCACCGGUGGAUUGGAUGAUCGACUUAUUUGGCUCUGAGACUGCAGGACCGAGCACCCAACCUGCUGUUGAGGUUAGGCCGAGAUGGGAGCCUCGCAGUCGUGAGACAGAUUCAGACGAAUCUGAGUAGUUGUAAUAAAUUAUAUCAUUGUAGCUAUAUUAAAUCUAUUAUAUAUGUUGUGGUUGAUAUUGAAUAUUUUAUCAGAUAAAAUAAUGUCUCUGGUCAGAUUUAAAAAAAUACUUUAUCAGAUAAAAUAUUCCCGG